AUGGCAGAUUACAAAUACAAAGGCAUUGAUUGUAAAAUGCUUUUUAUCAGAAGUCUGAAAAACAAUGCUACUAUUGAGUGUGAUGAUCAUGGUGCUGAGUUCUUCGAAGUCGAAAUCAACUCUUCCAUGGACAAAGUUAUUCAUCACCUUGAUUUGACAUUCCUUCAAGGUUUAUCAUGUAGGGAUUCGUCGUCAUCAACAUUUGGUCCCUUAACUCUUGCACAACUAAGCCAUUUCGAGUGUGGUGGAAUCCUUCUUAGUUUUUGCAUGUUGCACAAGGUGGGAGAUGUGUGCAGCGCUUACUACUUCUUGAGGGAUUGGGCUAGGUUAACUCGAGAUCCAAAAUCAACAUUAUCUCCUCCAUACUUUGCUAAGGAUUCACUAAUGCCAUCACCAUUGGAUGGUCCUAUGGUUUCCCCUGUUCUCGAGCCGAAAAUGGAAGGAUGUAUUCAUCAGAGGUUCAUUUUCUCCGAAUCCAAGAUAAACACGCUUAAAGCCUUGGUUGCUGUAGAAUCCUGUGUAUGUAUUCACUGA